AUUCAUGGCGAAAACGUAAUUGAUGUAGAAUGCAAGCAUUUCGCAUGGUAUUUACGUGCUGAAUUCGGCGAUUUCACGACUCUGUUCCAACUGCAUUGUCUCUGGGCACCAAGUAUUUUCACCAACUGGAUGCUAGCGAUCGUUUGUGGAAUGCUCUCCCUGAUUUUCGGGAUAGCGAAUGCGAUCACUGCCCGCAAGAACCAGUUGGACAUGCAGAAAAUGGUGUCGAACCAAGGUACAGACAAAGUCCGUGUCUUUCGCUACAACCGCGAAGAGUGCAGAACGCCAACUGAGGAUCCAACACGAAACUACACGCAGCAAAUUGAUUCCAUAAGCCCGCUGAAAAACGAGCUGUCUUUGCGAGAGGACACCACGCUUUGUGGAGCUGAGGGAGUCGGACAACUCGUGGAUACAGACCGAGACUACACUGAUUCCUUUGAUGCAGUGACGCAGGAGAAGCAGAAUAUGCUAGUGGGCAGUUGUCGGGCAGAUGACCCGAUCAUCUACACGACACCCCCUGGCAGAGGCGCCAGCACAAGAAGCACAACUGGAAAUAAUAUGGUCGACCAAGAAGAAAUCCAAAGUCGAUCAAUCGCAACGCCAUUUACGAGCAUGAAGCACAGCACUCGUCUAUUGCGCGCUGACCUUUCUGGUGGAGGCAGGCGCUUUUCGACUCUAGACGACGAUGAAGAAGUCUUCUCGCGUUACUUCGACAUUGCAGCGACUAGCGCAGGAAAGCUCGUACCAGGUGAUUUAAUCGAGAUCGACACCACGCCUGGUUGGGUCGUUCCAUGUGACUGUGUGGUUUUGUCUGGUGGGGUAGUGGUUAACGAAAGCAAUCUAACAGGUGAGGCGAUGCCCAUCCAAAAAUUUGCACUCGAAGAUCACGGAACCGAAGCUUUAUGUUUGAAAAGGCAUGGGAAGAAGAAUAUCUUGUUCGCUGGAACGACAGUAAUGCAAAGUCGCAGAAACUGUGGUGGAAGUGCUGGGAUGAAGACAAAAACUUCUCCUGGGUCAGGCUCUACUACUGUAGCACCUGCAAUCGCUGUGGUUUUAGCAACUGGUGCGCAAACGGCUAAAGGCCACAUGAUUCGUUCGAUCCUCUAUGCUGGAGAUAUCGAAUUCGAACUCUACAGGCAGUUGCCGAUUGCGAUUGUUAUUUACGGCACCGUCGCGGCUGCUCUAAUGUUGGGCACGACGUUGGCACAAAAUGAUUCCCGCCUGAAGCUAGUCGGCGCGUUUUUUGAAGCCGUUUGUAUCCUGAGUCGAUUGGUGACGCCAAUGAUUCGCGUCGGGUUCAAAAUUGCACAAAGAAACGCAGCUAAGCGAAUGCGAGAGACAUCCGGAUAUGCUAUCCAGUCCUUGUGCAAUGCCAGAAUUCCCGUUGCAGGCAGAUUGCAAAUUCAGUGUUUUGAUAAAACCGGAACACUGACCGAAGAAAAUCUCAAUUUUCAUGGGGUCGAGCGAGCGGAAGAGAUCACUUCUCAGCACUCUCCUGCGUUGGGAUUAGCUACUUAUGGAAAUCGAGAGCAGCAACAGCUGCACCAUCACAAGUCGCAAGACACGGAGAAGGAUGAAACGAGGCGCGCACUGUUUACAGAAGAUGGCGUGGACUCGGAUGGAAAUCUAGCACUGAGAAACGGACGGACGAGCACUAUGACUUCUACCUGGAGUAUGGCACCAGGAGACAGCACUUGUAGUUCUUCGUCAUCUCGAUCUUAUAGCGGGAAUUUCCAUGUCGGCAGUACGAGUACCAGUAGAGGAGAAGAAAAGCCCCGUUGGGACUUAGUGGACGUAGCAGCUUCUACCUGCCACACCGUCACACGGCUUCACGAUGGCUCUUUGGCGGGAAAUAAGGUUGAGUGCGAACUGGUUACUCACUAUGGCGUGGAGUUCAGGGCUCCUCCGUCUGAGAUGAAUCAUAUGGGCGAUGAGCUUGAGCAGAAACACAAGUCUUCUCCAAGUGCAAGCCCUUGUCUUUUGGAAUUUUAUCGUCCUUCUAGCAAGUCGAAGUCAGUUGCCUGUGCCUCGGCGACUACGUCUUCAAAACCCUAUGCCCGCACACUACGGCAGUUCGAAUUCGAUCAAAAGAUUCAGCUUCAAUCCGUUAUCGUGGAAUAUGGUGGAGCCAGAUACCUCUUUACAAAAGGUAGUCCAGCCAAAGUGGCUGCCAGAUGUCGCCCAGACUCUUUGCCCGACGGGUUUUCUCGCUACACUCAAAACAAAGCCAGGCAAGGCUACUAUCUUCUUGCCUUGGCGUGUAAAAAGCUCGGAGACGUUCAAAGUGGUCAACAACAAGAAAGAAACGGACGCUCUUCUUCGACGUCUUUCAACGACUGUUCUCGAGAACAGUUGGAAUGUGACCUUAGUUUUUUAGGCCUGUUGUACUUCCGAAACUGUCUCAAGCCAUGCACAACAAGCGCAAUCGAGGAAUUAGCCGCGGCUGGCGUGAAGAGUGUCAUGAUUACCGGUGACAAUGUAUGGAACGGACUUCAUAUCGCCAAGAAAUGCACUUUGAUUGCUGGGAAUCAGAAGGUUUUACUGGGAGACGUUGCCGUUUCCAGUCCCGGAACUACAGCACUUGGUAACGGAGAGCCAGAGAUAGUUUGGACAUUGGAUAGCGAUAAAGAUGAAAAAAGUGUUGAUGAACAAGGUCCUCAUGGAGCCCUGGACAUGAUCUACGAAAAUGAAGCAGAAGAUGCUGCUCGGCCUGCGAAUAACACACUCACAACUGAUGAAGUCACUGCACUUCUAGCGUCCGCUGGUCAACGAGGGUUUACGCCUUCCUCCUCAUCAAAGAAAUCUUCUUUGAAGAAAGACGUCAUUCAGCAGAACAAGAUCGUUUUCGGCGUCACACAAGCAGCCUGGAGUCAUCUCCGAACCCGUCACUCAGAAGAGUUGAAAGAAAUCUUUCCGCACAUCGUUGUGUAUGGUGGUAUGAGCCCGAGCGGAAAAGUGGAAGUUGUCACCCGAUGGAGCGAGUCUAAGGUAGUCGGCAUGUGCGGCGAUGGCGGCAACGAUUGUGCGGCAUUGAAGGCUGCUCACGUUGGCUUGGCACUGGUUUCGGCUGGACGGACGACAGAGGUUUCGAUCGUGAGCCCGUUCAGCAGUUCGGGAGGACAUUCUUCACGCAUUGCGGCACCUGUGGCGCUUCCACAAAAAGCAGCUUCUUUGAGGAGAGUCGGGGAUCAUCUUGAGGAGCAGCAACCUCUACUGGUAGAAGACAUUGAAAAGGCGCAAGGAACGCCACAAAGAACACACGAAGGAGAUGAAGAAGCCGUCUCCAUUCAUGCUGUUGUCGAACUUGUGCGUGAAGGCCGUUGUACUCUGGAAAAUUCAGUCGCCACCUACAAGUUCUUCACGAUGUGCGGUCUUCUAUCAGCUAUUUCCAAGAUGUUGCUAUCUAGCAGAGUCUCGUACUUCUCUGAGAUGCACUUUCUAUUCCAAGACUGCCUGUUUCUGGUGCUUUUGACUUACGCUAUUGCGAGCUGUAAACCGGCGAAGAAGCUAGCACCUUUUGCACCGACGGCUAACAUCCUAGGAUGGGAGGUGUUAGGAUCUAUUGCUCUUCCAACUGCCAUUUACAUCGGAGCAUUGCUACUGACGUACUGGAGCUUGGGAAAACAGAACUGGUACAGAUACUAUUUUACUAGUUACUACAUCCAUCGCUUAUAUUAAAUACUUAGCCUUUGUGUUUGUUUAACUUUAAGUUUACCUCGCAUGAUCAAAUGUAUUUCUCUAUCUCUCCCUCGUCAAUUCUAUCCCUCGAUUGUGGCCAUAUUCUCGGAAUUAUUCUCCAAAAUCUUAAACUUCUUAACCUUCUUGUUUAUGUUCUCCUUUUCAGGUUUCGUCCUCCUUCCGAAUGGGAACUGAACAUCGACGUUGUCGCUUGGUGGCACAUGAUGGGCACACAGUCCAGUAUGCUUACCAGUCAGUGGCUCCUAUUUGCCGGAUGUGGUGGCGCUUUACUGUAUUCGCUUGGCGGUCAACACCGCCGAUGUGUCCUUCGUAACUGGUUCUUGAUUGGAACCAUUGUGGCUACUGUUGGGUUGCUACUGUCGCUGUUGUUCUUUGCCAACACGGGUUUGAACUGCAUUUUCAGGACGAACUGUGAAGACGCGCAGAGCUGGGAGACUUUUGUGUGGCCAUUU